AUGGCCCUAGAGCCAGAUGUGGACGAUGAGUAUGCCUCGAACGAUGAUUCUGAUUUCGCACCAGACGUGGCGCCCACGGAUACUGUCUCCGAAGCUGAGGAUUCCGAUGAUGAACCCGUCGAUUUAAUAGUCCCUCCCACAGCCUCUCCCACUAGAAAGCGUACUACUGAUGAAGAUGUCGACGAAAACUUCGAGAACUCGGGCGACGAAGCCAUUAUACAGAAAGGGAGAAAACGACAAAAGGGGGAUAAGCAAAGGGGUGGCAAUGCCGACAAUACCGGCAAGGAUGACGGGCGUGACAUCGACCUCGUCAGGACCCGGAGCAUGCGAGCAGCCGAAAAAGCCGAGCGAAAGACCCCCGUGGUGGCCGGCCAAGUCACCAUUGACGUCGAUAGCUUGUGGGCUGAGAUGAUCUCAGCCCCCCUCCUAUCGUCCAAGCAAGAUAUCGACACGGAAACAGAGAACGAACGCGCUGGGAAAGGCGACUUACCUGGGCCAGCCGCAGGCCCGAAGAAAAACCAACAAGGGGAGGCGCCUAGAGAAGUCGAGCCGCCGGCCAUGAUAAAGAUCAAGCGCGCCUACACCUUCGCGGGAAAGGUCCAUACCGAAGAAAAGAUGGUACCUCGCGAUUCCGCCGAAGCGAGGCUGUAUCUCGUGUCUCAAGAUCCGAACUCGGCCGAGGAUAUCGAUGACGAUAGCCAGCCCAAGCGUAAGCCCCGCAAAGCCUUCCGAUCUGCCUUCGAACCCGUGAUCGAGGGUCUCACACCACGCUUGGACCUCAACCUCGGCAUGAACGCGAGAUUGCAGAUACGUGAACAGGCUAAGGCCAAAAAGCUGAACGUGGUCGAGAAGAGUCGCAUGGACUGGGCCGGCUUUGUUGACAAGGAAGGCAUCAAGGACGAGCUCGAACUAGCUAGCAAGUCGAAGGAGUCCUACGCCAACCGACAAGACUUCCUGGCCCGUGUCGCGGCCAACAAAGAGGAAGAGGCCAGGAGAGCUAGGAUUUCCGGGCGCGCUUAA